AUGAGUCAGGCCGUCUGGGCCGAGAGCGACCAAAACGAGAAAAGCGGACCGCACCGUGCGAUCGUGUUUGCUCAUUGUCUGGCAUCGCUCACCGUGCGGCCAGACUGGCGAACGUUGAAAACAUGGCUUACGCACGGUGCGGUCAACAAGAUGGAGGAGCGAGAGGGAUUGGGUUUCGUCGCGGCGUGCGGAAAUCCGACGGAUCUCUGA